GUUUUGCAACCGCAUAUUCUCCAAUAAAAGGCAAAGUCCUAAUAGGCUUUCGUCUCUUUGAUUUACCAACUCGCCAUCAAAAUCUCGAUCUCUGCUUGCUUGUUUACCUUCGUCUUCGUUGUUUGCAGAUGGCUUCUUCCACUGUUAACCGAUGGUUGAGGCCCGAGGUCUAUCCUCUGUUUGCGGCCGUAGGCGUGGCUGUGGGGAUCUGUGGAAUGCAAUUGGUCCGCAACAUCCGCAUCAAUCCUGAAGUAAGGGUGAACAAGGAGAACAGGGCUGCAGGAGUGCUGGAGAACCAUGCAGAAGGAGAGAAGUAUGCUGAGCAUUUUGUCCGCAGGUUUGUCCGCAACAGGGCUCCAGAGAUCAUGCCAUCUAUCAAUAAGUUCUUCACGGACCCAAACUGAGGUUCUCUGCAGACAACAAAAUAAUGUGUCCCUUGCUUAUUGAGACCUUGUCGUUGUUACUUUGCCGUAACAGAAGAUUGCCAUUGAUUAAACUGGUUUGGUAAUGCAAACUUGUGAAGAAUUGCGAUAGACAACAACUGUCAUGUUUAGAAUUGGAGCAGCCAUAAUCUGAUCGUUUUCAUUUCAUACUUUUA